CCCUUAUACAUCUUUACUAUGUAGGUUUAGACCUAUUUCUGACCAACUUCACUUAUACCCCGACAGAAGCGCAUAGAUUAUUGAUGUCAUAUAUUGUCCAUAAAGAAGCAGGGUUGGUCGGGCUGGAGGUCAGGUGAUUGAAUAUUAAAUAUUAUAUGACAUCGUCCAAGUAACAACCACUCUGCUUUCUUCGUCUUUGGAAUUCAUUUACAAUGCAGCAGACUAUCGACUGCAAUAUGCGGGGUAGAUCUGAUAUAGAAAUAAGUACCUAUGUAAUUAAUUGCGCAUCUCGUGUUAUCGAGGGGGGCGCCCAGGCUAGUGUCAGUAGGUAUAUAGUCUCGUCUGCGCCGCCAGCGAGUGGCUGUCUCACUCGCUCACCUUCUUUAUCCCGCGUUUCUCGCCCUUAGCAACAUACCUCGAAAAGGAAAUCUUCAAGAGAAAAAAAAAGAAGAAAAAAAUAUGGAUGAUCCGUCAGCCUUAAGAUCGUGUACCCACAACAGCGAUCCCAGACGGCAAGUUCCGGUUCCGCUUCCGGGGGACGAUUCUCGUCUAAGCAACCAAUUACACCCCCGGCCCUCAGACGCGGUAAUAGCAGCAGCAGCAGUGACAAAAAACCGCGCCCCGGCAAAACCAACAACAUUUGCAGACCUACCCGCCGAGCUGCGGGCGAUGAUAUGGGAGUACGCUCUGCCCCCGACGCGCGUCUUCAACGCGCUGGUGUACGCCUCCAAGGGGCUCAAGAUGCAGCUGAUCGAGCGGAGUCACCUGCGCAUGCCGCUCGCGCACGUGUGCUUCGAGUCGCGGCGGCUCGUCGAGAAGAUGGGCUAUGUGCUGGCUUUCCGCGACGAGGGCGAGCCGGACGAUCCGGGAGUCUGGUUUCAUCCGCGCCGGGAUGUUGUCGAGAGGACGAUAUGGGGCCCUUGCGAAUUCUGGGGUUGGAAGUGAUGUGAGACAGCGAUGGUGAAGCUAGGUGCUUAGCAUUCAUCAUAUACUGCUAGAGUGAACUGUUUUCC